AUGAAAGAUCAGAUUAGAACCGUUGCCGUCAUUGGCUGCGGUGUCAUUGGUGCGAGCUGGGCAUGUCUUUUUCUCUCCCGGGGUUUGAACGUAUUGAUUUACGAUCCCGCCGAAAGUGCCUGGGAAACGUUCGAGAAUUACCUGCAAGAUGCAUGGCCUGCCUUGGCAGCACGCAGUCCCAUUGAAGAUGCCUGGGCGAAGAACUACAAGUUCAUUGACAACAUGGAAUUGAGCUUAUCAGAAGCCGAUUUCAUCCAGGAGAACGGACCCGAGCGCCCCGAGUUGAAGCAGGCGCUCAUGGAAAAACUGGACCUGUAUACCAGACCCGGUGUCAUAAUCUCCUCUUCAUCUUCUGGCCUCCCUGCAUCGAGGUUUAUUGGAAGAUGCCAGAAAGACCCCAGUCGCAUCCUAGUUGGCCAUCCAUUCAAUCCACCACAUCUAGUCCCCCUGGUGGAAGUUGUCCCUCACCCGGGCACCAGCGCUACCACCAUAUCUGCGGCCCAAGCCUUCUACCGGUUUCUCGGGAAGACGCCCAUCCUGCUCCACCACGAAGUCCCAGGGUUCGUAGCCAAUCGUCUGCAGGCUGCGAUCAACAGCGAAGCAUACAGCCUUAUCAGCCGCGGCAUUGUCUCCGCCAAGGAUCUCGACACGGCAAUGACAUCAGGUCCGGGCCUUCGAUGGGCGUUGACCGGUCCGUUUGUUACAAAUUCGUUGGGUGGGGGAGGAGGGCCGAAUGGGUUUGCCCAGCGUGUUGAACGACUUGGCCCUGCGGUCCGAGCUUGGGAGGAAGACAUGUUGAAGCAUCGGUUCGAUUGGAGCGAGGAAAGCGUGUCUGUGCUGAAGAGAGAGGCUCUUCAAUGGCUAGAAACAGUGAAUUGGGAUGGUUUCAAUAGGAAGAGAGAUCAGAUGCUGCUGAGAUUGCUGGAAGUAACCUCCCACACAUCAUCGCCCUAA